ACCAUAGUUAUUAUCUGCGGCGGAUUACAAACUAUUUGUAUAAUGGCAUCCUGGCAUUUAGCCCUUCUACUGGCAUCCCUUAUAAUAUAUGAUUCGGUUCCUGCAAAUCGAGGACAGGAAAUGAACCCUAUGAUUAUAAGACAAAUUAAAAAAAUACGAACGCGAUGCUUAAAUCAGACAGGAGCCCCUCUAGAAAUUAUGGACCAGUCCAUUCAAAACAGACUGUUACCCAACGACCCCAGUGUUAAAUGCUUUCUGCACUGCAUGUUCGAUAUGUUCGGAUUGAUUGACUCACAGAACGUUAUGCACUUGGAGUCACUUUUGGAAGUUCUCCCGGAGGAAAUACACGACUCAAUUAAUAAAUUAGUCAGCGCAUGUGGUACUAAGAAGGGAAAAGAUGGCUGUGAAACCGCUUAUGAAACCGUCAAGUGCUACAUCGAUGUGAACGGCAAGUUUAUAUGGAAGCAGAUGGUACCGCUACUUGGGUAGCUGUCACCCACCUGAAUGAAUCCCGAUCCACGAUUCCCAGGAGCAGUAGACAGCGCAGGAUGCGCAAUGACUCGAUCUGAACGCGCACCAUCUGAACCUGUUCCAGAGAAUUUCAUGAUUAAAAAUGCCUCCAGAAAUAAAUGUGUAAACAAACCUUA